AUGCUUUGCCGGAAUGUAUCUAUUAUAAUUAUUCAAGGAAACCUCCCGUCGCACAAACGUGUGGCGUUACCUGCCUUGUCACCCACUAUGGAAAUGGGUACCGUAAUCAGCUGGCAAAAGAAAGAAGGUGAUCAGUUGAGCGAAGGAGAUCUCCUAUGCGAAAUUGAGACGGACAAGGCUACAAUGGGCUUUGAAACACCUGAGGAGGGUUAUCUGGCAAAAAUCAUCAUUCCUGAAGGAUCCAAGGAUGUUCCAGUAGGGAAGCUGCUCUGUAUCAUCGUAGACAGCGAGGACAAAGUGGCGGCGUUCAAAGACUUCCAGGAUGAUGGAGCCCCUACUCCAUCACCAGAGGCAUCUGCUCCGCCUCCACCACCUCCACCGAAACCUCCUGCGGAAGCUGAGCCAGCUCCUCCACCGGUAGCAGAAAAGCCAGUCGUGUCUGCUUCACCUCCGCCUGCUCCUGCCACGGUUCCUCAAAGUGGGCGUGUAAGUGCUACCCCGUUCGCGAAGAAACUCGCAAGCGAACGAGGAGUAGAUAUUGGUGCUGUGGCUGGCUCAGGCCCUGGAGGACGUGUUCUUGCAGCAGAUCUUUCGAAAGCGCCUGCUCCUACCCCAACUACAGUCGCAUCCGCUCCCUCUGUACCGAGCGCGGAUUAUACCGAUAUUCCUCUUUCGAAUAUGCGCCGCACAAUUGCCAAGCGUUUGACGGCAAGUAAAACUACUAUUCCACAUUACUACUUGACGUCAGAAAUCAAUAUUGAUUCUCUACUCAAGGUCCGUGAAAAGCUGAAUGCACUGUUGAGCCAAGGGACUUCCGGCAGCAAAACGAAAAUCUCUGUGAACGACUUUAUCGUAAAGGCUUCUGCACUGGCAUGUUUGCGUGUACCAGAAGCGAACAGUUUUUGGAUGGACACGUUUAUUCGUCAGAACAACACNGUAGACGUAAGCGUUGCUGUAAGCACGCCGGCUGGAUUAAUUACUCCAAUUGUGUUUAACGCACACGCUAAGGGUCUCGCAACGAUAUCGAAUGAAAUCAAAGAGUUAGCUGCUCGUGCCAAGGACGGCAAGUUGCAACCGAACGAGUUCCAGGGAGGGACUUUUACGGUAUCAAAUCUUGGCAUGUUCGGAAGCGUUACCGAUUUCACAGCCAUCAUUAAUCCACCGCAAUCAUGUAUUCUUGCUAUAGGUGGUGCCGAGACUAAACUAGUCCCAUGUGAGGAGGAAGGAUACCGUAGCGUGAAAGUGAUGAAAGUGACACUUUCAUGUGAUCAUCGCGUUGUAGAUGGUGCAGUUGGAGCUGUUUGGUUACGUCAUUUCAAAGAUUUCCUGGAGAAGCCACACACCAUGCUUCUUUGA